AUGGCGUCGUCCGGCCUGACUCGAUCGGGAAGCGCGCCGCAGUUCCACCUAGACGAGAAGUGGAAACUGUCGAAGAAAGACGCUUUCUACGGCGGCGCGUCGAGGAUCACGCGCUCCUCGUCGACCUCUUCCUCCUUCAACGGCGGCCAGAAGACUCAGAAACAGAGGAGGUGCGCUUUUACGAGGAAGUGCGCGAGACUGGUCAAAGAACAGAGAGCUCGCUUCUACAUCAUGCGUCGCUGCGUGAUCAUGCUCAUCUGCUGGAGAGAUAAUUACUCCGAUUCUUAA